GAUUUUAAGCAACAAUUACAUUUUCUUCAUUGUUUCGAAGACCUAAAGACGGAGGAAGGAGCGAGAAGCCGGAAACCGAAAUUUUAGUAACAUCUUGGAACCGAAAUCAUAAAAGCGAGAUGUCUGGCGCCGUAGCGUUACAGAUACCGAAUUCGCCGAUUUUUUCAUCCCCUAGAAUUCCUUCCAUCUUUUGCAAGUCAUGUGCGUCGCCUUCGAUCCAUGGACCGCAAUCUCCUAAAUCGUUAUUAUUACCUUCAUCAUCAUCAUCAUCAUCAUCAUCUUCGGCUUCUGCAUUGCCGAAAUCUCCGUUGGCGACUCGGAUUUGUGAGAAAAGGUUGGAAGUUAAUUCCUGUGCAGUGUUGAAGAGGAAAAGGCCGGCGAAGAUUGAUAUACCGGUGGUCGGAGGUGUUUGGGGAUUCGAUUUAGAGACGCCGAGAAAGGAGGAAGAAAGAAUUGAAGUUGUAGAGGUUGAAGGAGAUGGGUAUUCUGUUUAUAGUAAACGAGGAAGGAGAGGGCUAAUGGAGGAUCGUCACUCUGCUUUUGUUGAUGUCAAAGGCGAUUCUAAACAGGCUUUCUUUGGUGUUUUUGAUGGGCAUGGAGGAGCAAAGGCAGCAGAAUUCGCCUCUAAGAAUUUGCAGAAGAACAUAUUGGCAGAGGUAUCAAACAGAUGCGAAGAGGAAGGAAUUGAAAUGGCAAUUAAAAAUGGCUACUUGACUACAGACAGAGAGUUUUUAAAUCAAAGUGUUGGUGGCGGAGCUUGUUGUGUGACUGCAUUGAUUCACAACGGCGACCUUGUUGUUUCCAACGCCGGUGAUUGCCGGGCUGUCAUGAGCAGAGGAGGAGUUGCAGAAGUACUCACCUCUGAUCAUCAACCUUCAAGGCAAGACGAAAGAGAAAGAAUUGAAUCCCUGGGCGGUUAUGUGGAUUGUUCCCAUGGAGUUUGGAGGAUACAAGGGACUCUUGCUGUAACUAGAGGAAUUGGAGACAGAAAUCUUAAACAAUGGGUGAUUGCAGAACCAGAAACUAAAGUUUUAAGGAUUAAACCUGAUUGUGAAUUCUUGAUCUUAGCCUCUGAUGGUCUUUGGGAUAAGGUUACUAAUCAGGAGGCAGUAGAUAUCGUUCGCCCUUUAUGCAUAGGAAUCAAAAAACCAGAACUAUUCUCUGCUUGUAAAAAGCUGACUGAAUUGUCACAAAGAAGGGGCUCAAUUGAUGAUAUAAGUGUACUGAUAAUACAAUUAGGUCAUUUCAGUCCAUAAUUUUACUUCUUGGAGAGGGGGAAUUGGGAUCAAUUUUGCUUCUUCUGCAAGUGGGCUUUUUCCAAAGAAACUUGUAGUUAAAACAAGGGUGGACUGGACAGGGCGGCCCAUUCCAAGUUAUGUCCUCAUCAUCUUGGUGGCUGCGGCUGCGGCCGUGGCUGAUGAUGGUGUACUGGUGGGAAGGACACUUUGAUGUACACUAUCAUGACUGUAAUAUAGAAAUCACCUCUGUUCCUGAUCUCUCGAAGCUUAUGCGAGCUUUGUAAUCAAUUUUCCAAGAUAUAAAAUACAAUUUCAUAUACUAAA